AUGAGGUUCAUCCUGCCCUUGAGUUUGAUUGCAACCACUCUCGCCAUUGCUCCUGUCCGCUUUGACAGGGGAAAGGUGUUUCGUGUAAAACCUCAGGAUGAAAAACAAGUGAACGUCAUAAAGAACUUGGCCAAAACCAGCAAGCUUGACUUCUGGUAUCCAGAUGCCACUCACCAUGUAACUGCUAACAUGACGGUGGAUUUCUUUGUGAGUGAAAAGAACUCCCAAUCCAUCCAGUCUGCCUUGGAACAAAAUCAAAUGCACUAUGAAAUCUUGAUUCAUGAUCUGCAAGAAGAGAUUGAGAAACAGUUUGAUGUUAAAGAAGAUAUCCCAGGCAGGCACAGCUAUACAAAAUAUAAUAACUGGGACAAGAUUGUUGCUUGGACUGAAAAAAUGAUGAAUAAGCGCCCUGAAAUGGUAUCUCGUAUUAAAAUUGGAACGACUGUUGAAGAUAAUCCACUAUAUGUUCUCAAGGUUGGGAAACAGAACGAAGAAAAGAAGUCUAUUUUUAUGGACUGUGGCAUCCAUGCACGAGAAUGGGUCUCCCCAGCAUUCUGCCAGUGGUUUGUCUAUCAGGCAACUAAAAGUUAUGGAAAAAACAAAAUUAUGACCAAACUCCUGGACCGAAUGACUUUUUAUGUCCUUCCUGUUUUCAACGUUGAUGGAUACAUUUGGUCAUGGACACAGAACCGCAUGUGGAGAAAAAAUCGUUCUAAGAACAAAAACUCCAGAUGCAUCGGAACUGACCUCAACAGGAAUUUUAAUGCUUCAUGGAACUCAUUUCCUGGAAACAAUAACCCAUGUGGAGAUACCUAUCAAGGUGCUGCCCCAGAGUCCGAGAAAGAGACCAAAGCUGUCGCUGACUUCAUUCGAAGCCACCUGAACUCAAUCAAGGCCUACAUCACCUUCCACGCCUAUUCCCAGAUGCUAAUGUUUCCUUAUGGAUAUACUUCAAAACUGGCACCUAACCACAAGGACCUUGCCAAAGUUGCAAAGAUUGGCACUGAGGCACUAGCAACUCGAUAUGAAACCCAGUACAUCUAUGGCCCAAUAGCAUCAACAAUUUACCCGACAACAGGAUCUUCUUUAGACUGGGCAUACGAUCUGGGCAUCAAACAUACAUUUGCCUUUGAGCUCCGAGAUAAAGGCAGAUUUGGUUUUCUCCUUCCAGAGUCUCGGAUAAAGUCAACCUGUAAAGAGACCAUGCUAGCUGUCAAAUUUAUUGCCAAGUAUAUCCUCAAGCAUACUUCAUAA